GCAUCUCACAAGCGCUCCCGUGCAAUGGACUCCGAGGAAACCUCCACGGUGACGAUGCAGCACUGGCGGCGCCUGAUGCUCCGUGUGCUGAUGUUGGUCAACCAAGCCAUGCAGCACCUGGUCUCAGGCCGGCUCAAUAUGACCGGCUUCAAGGGCUAUCGUCUGCAGCAGAUGGCUUGCGACCUUCCACUCCUCGAGACAUCCGAACUCGAGGAUCUGAUGCAGCUAUGUCAGGAACAAAUUCAAAGUCGGCAGAUGGACGAGCUCGACGGCUUCUCCAUCAUCUCCGGGCAGACCCUGCGGAGCAAUGCCAGCUCAGAGACACCGACUCACAGCCCCGGGAAGUCCAAGCCUCCAACACGGAUGCCAGCCUCACCUCCAAAGCCGUGCUCAGCUCAGACGGAGAUCUUCGAGAAUCCUCCAUACUGUCAAUGUCGACUGGCGACAGUACGACUGAUCACCUACAAGAGCGGUCGCAACUAUCUACGCCAUUUCUGGCGAUGCCCCAAGUGGCAGAACCCCAUGACGAGGUGCCGAGAUGAUCGGGUACCACCAAUGCCCACAUCACCGGACUACUCAAUCCGGCUCAAACGGCUGGACUGCGGCAAACUCCUGGAGAAGGUCUCCAAGACGGGUCCCAAGGCGACAUCGUCCAAGGAGCCAAUUCCUUCGGAGAGCGAGCAGGAACUGUGGGAGCAGUUCCAGGCUUUCCAAAGGCUCCGUCGCGGCAGCCAGGGCUCCAAGUGA